CUCGAAUUUUCUCGGUUGUGCUGCCGUAUGCAUUGCAAGAAACACAGUGUCGUACUCGUACAUCAUAUGUAAAUCACUUGCAUGCCUAAUACAAUUUUUCUGAAAGUCGAUGUUUAUUCGUAUAUUGAGAAACGAGCUGCUACAUUUUCGUGAUGUUGUAUUGCAACCCUAACUAUGAGUAUAUGAGUACGUUGUUUUUUUCCGGGAUUUACCGAGCGGGCGGUGUGCGAGAAGGCGCUGGAGUUCAUUGGGGUCGGCAAGGAGUUUUGGCAGGAAGCCACCACGAGUGGGACGGAAGAAAAAUGAGAGUCCUGUCAGCUCCUGCGACUGCCUGUACCCACCCCGUGCCUCCACAGGUAGAGGUAGUCGAUCGAGAAGUUCCGGGGAGCGGAACUUUUCAACCGAUCAUAUCCAAUUGCAUUUUUGCAAAUCUGAUGUUAGCAAAUAACGCUAUCUCAACUUUACGCAAUGAUAAAGGCAGUCAUCAAGUUUUUUUUUUUGUCAUUUACAUAUAUUAGCACAGUGCUUCCUUGAACUUGUAACACAGUUUCGCUCUGGAAAGCACAUGCAAAAAUGUCAUACUUAUUUUAUGUCAUAGUUGUUUCGCUCUCUUUCGUGUCAUGAUAGCACCGUGUAGUUUCGAGAUUUUUUUAUGCAACUUCUGUACAAGAACAUUACCAAAAAAAUUUGAAUCAUGCCUGCGAAAGUGUACAAAAAUUUGAGUAUGGUGGAAAAAUUUAAUAUACUAGGAAAGAGGCAAGACAACAGAAAUUUGU